UUGCACAUAGGCUCGAUGUACAGCGUAGUGGAUCGAGGCUAUCAAAACGAAGACAGGUUAUCAAUAUCACACGGUCAAGAGCAAAAAUGGGCACUCCAGGGCACUCCAGGGCACUCCGCCUGUUCGGCUUGUGUAAAGUGUACGAUGGCUGCUGACAACAUCCCUGUGGUAGAUUUUGGAGCAUGUGGACCUCACUGGCUUUCCUCUACAAGCAAAGGUACAUACGGUGAUGAGGUUCUUGCAGUGGCUGAGGCGGUCGGAGCAGCAUUCAAAGAAUAUGGAUUCGUUUAUCUGGAGAACCAUGGUAUAGACCAGGCAUUGAUUGAUAAAAUUACAUCCAAGUCAAAUGACUUCUUCCAACUGCCUGUGGCCAGAAAGGAGCUGUACAAACGGCGGAAAGAGGAGGGAAACAAUGGCUGGGUCUCAAUGAAAAUGGAACAUAUAGAUCCGAGCAAACCGGGUGACUUGAAAGAGGCAUACAACUACACUUUGGACAGUAAAUUGAAAUUUCCCGCUGAUGUUCCCUUCCUGGAGGAGGCCAAUGCCGAGUUCUUUACAGCGUGUAAAGAACUAGCACUCAGGGUGCUGAAGGUUUUAGGCAUUGCUUUGAAACCCGAGGAUGGAGAUUAUUUUGCCAAUGCCCACAGCUUUGUGGGUGACACCUCGAAGAACCAAACAACAUUGCGGUGUCUAUAUUAUCCGCCAUUGGAGGGAGAACCCGAGCCUGGCCAGCUACGACUGGGAGAACACUCCGACUACGGGAGCAUCACGCUACUCUUCCAGGACAAUGUCGGUGGAUUGGAGAUUCAGAGGAAGAAGUCUGGCAGGUAUAUUCCUGCAACGCCUAUGUCCGGUGCAGUCCUAAUCAACUCGGGAGACCUGAUGGAGAGGUGGACGAUGGAUCAGAUACCAGCCCCGAAACACCGGGUGCUUAUCCCAGAGGAGGAGAUGAAGACACGACAAAUCCGGCGAUCCGUUGUAUUCUUUUGUCAGCCGGAUGAUGACGUCAUGAUCACGUGCCUCGAUGGAUCGAAUAAAUACGAACCUAUAACAUCAUUGAACUACCUCCUUCAAAAACUGAAUAUGUCUUAUGAAUAUUAAAUAAAUAUGAUUGCCAAUGUAAAA